AUUUUACCUCACUGAGGUAAAACACGUUUUUGUUUCUUUUGCCCUUUCAAUGAGUUCAUUCAACUACGUUCGCUUGAGUAAUUCACCGCAGCUAAACAUAGCAGCUCUACCUUACACCACGCAAUCUCUAAAUGAAAGCGUAAACUUAAAAACGGCAGAAAAACAUAAGAAACUAAACUAACUUUUACAAAAUACACACAUUUUAAAGUCAAUUUCCGACAGAACGUGUGCAGUUUGACCACAUCUCUUUCACCCAACGCCCCUCACAGUCUUUUAAGUGCAGGGAAAUCCCUUUCUUUACAGUUUCCUGGCAGUUGCGAGAACUGUGACAGAGUAGAGCGUCUGUGUUUUACCCUGCGCAGCUUCAUUAGUGGGUUAUGGGUAGAUGGUCAGGAUCACCGCAGAAGUGUAGUUUUAUGUACAGUUAUUGUAUAAAACCUGUGCCAUGAAGAUCUAGGGCGUUUAUGAAGAUCCGCACCUGUUACUUGAAGAGCUCCAUUAAUUAAAAGAUGGAUUUUGAAUUCUCAACCGAAAGAUGGAUUUUGAAGUCAUCAUGCUUGUGUCUCAAACAAUAUCUUGGAAAUAACUAGAAGAAUCACCUGCUCUAAAAAAGUGCCUGGACUCUGAUCUCAGCUACAAUGUUCUCUACAUGGAUUCUGCAUAUGGUUUCAUUCACUCUGCUGGUCAGAGGGGACAUUAAGCUGUGUCCUCUUGAUGAAGUCACGCCUGGGAAAGAAUCUCCGUUGAUGGAUUCCUUGCAGUGCUACAAUGACUACAAGAGCAGUGUACAAUGUAGUUGGGAGGUUGAUCCACAUGUUCAUCCACAUGCUACAGGAAACAUAUCCUUGUUUGAACUUUACUACUGGGACACAUCUAUAAAAAUAAAAAAGAAAUGCGUCCCGCACAGACCCGGUGUGCUUUUAUCCAAUGGGAAGAUCUCUCACGAGUGUCGCUAUGAAAGUAAAAGGUUUGGCGUAGGAACAAAGCACACUCUAUUCUUCAAUGUACCCUGUACACCCAAAGCCACAAUUCUCAACGUUGCUCAGCAUGGAAAAGUUAAGGCCCCAAUUGACUUGACAGAGAUGGAGGUUAAUGGUGGAAGUCAUCUGCUGUCCUGGAAAAGCCCAUAUCCUGCAUCCUCAAACAUCACAAGUACUCUGGUGUACCAGCUUCAGUAUCGCAGACACAAGCAUGACUGGACUACUGUGGAUAACAUCAAUGCAUCUACGUAUAUGAUUGACAAGGAGUCACUGUUGCCCGGCUACCAUUAUGAAGCCAAAGUGAGAGCGCGGGGUCCUGUAGGACUCUGGAGUGACUGGAGCCACCCGGUGUCCUGGAAGACUCACAAUGAUGAGGAGGUCAGUGGAGUCUAUAACCUGCAGUGUGUGAUAGAGGGAGAAAAAACGGUGACAUGUACCUGGCAAAUGAAGACAGACCAUUUACAGGUUAUGUCUUAUCGUCUCUGGUGCCGUGACAGUAAUGACACUGAACCCUCUGUUUGUUGUGAAUAUCCUCAGCUGCAGUCCAGAGACGUUGAGCUAUCAGAGUUUAUGUGUUCUGUGACUGUCUCUGACCCUUACCUGUUAACAGUGGAGCUGAAACCAGUGCAAUACAUGAGGACGUUCGAAACUCAUGAACACAUUAGAUUUCCACAACCUGACAAGAUUCAGGUGAUGGAAGAAGAUGGCAUCUUCAAAAUGAACUGGACCGUACCAGAUGUUAGAAAUUUGAUUCUAUUCACCGAGCUAAAACUGUUUUCCCACAAGGACUUAGUGAACGUUACCCUUAAAGUGGGGGUCAACUAUUUUGAUAUUCCAUCUAAGAAUCUAAGUUGUUCAACCGAAUACCAGGCCCAGAUCAGAUUACUGCUUAUACCAGAUAGCGAAUAUAUUAUUCCGCCAUCAGAUUGGUCAGAGCCAGCAGUGUUCACCACCAAGCCAGCACCAGCUGCUUCAACGUCUAUCAGCCCUUUCAUCUACAUUCUGGUUCCUGUGUUUGUGGUGGUGCUUUUCAUCAUCUUGUACAAUGCCCUUCCUGUCUGUCACAGAAAGGUUAAAUUAUGGAAGGGAUCGGUUCCAUCGCCCAUAAAGAGCAAAGUGCUGGAGGGGAUAAUCAAGAAGUCUUCCACCGGAUGGCCGCAUCUCCAGAUUGAGAAAGAGACAACCUCUAUUUGUGUUCUGCUGGCUACAGACAAUAUCAGUCUCUGCAAAAGCAGUGUCUCCCAGGAGCCGCUUUUGUCACACACGGAAGAUGUGAGUGUGAAAGCUGUUAAAAUGGGACAGUCAUCUGGAUCAAACCACUUGUGCACCUAUGUAGGGGAAGGCAUGUGCAAAGACAAAUCAGGCAUGAACUUCAGCGGGCCUUAUAUUCUGUGCUGUGAGGAUUCCUGCUCUCGGGACAAAGGAUUAGACGGGACUACAGACAGAGAUCACACAUCUGUGUUAGGAAAGACUGAGAGUUUUGCUCCAAUAAAUGGAGGCUACGUUGUAACUCCUCCCACUGCAAUGCCAGCCACUCAAAACCCCACCCCUGUUGACAGCCCGACCAAUAAUCCAUCAGAUGAACCCCCUGCGUACACCCCCGGCCCAGAUCAGGAUUGUAUGGUCGUCCCUCAUCCAUCCGGCUACUUCAUGAUGCCAUGUGUUGCCAUGGGACAGUCAGAGCCAAGAGGAUCAUCUGGAACAUAAUGAUCAAGGACUGCUUUUCAAAAAAAAAAAAAAAAAAAUUAAGAGCCUACAGGCUCAAAGAUGGACCCAAACAUGCAAGCGAGGGCCAUGGCUAAAAUGGGCAUGAUAGUAAGCACAAUAAAUGCAGUUCAAAUCUAUUUAAAUGUCACUUAAGAGCAUUGUCUAGCUACACAGAUGUUUCACAUGCCCAUAAUGAAAGCUGAUAAAAAACUCUUUGGAUACAGGUAUGCUGUGAUAGUCUCACCAACAGAUGGCAGUAUUGCUUUAAAUGAAUGUAAGAAAAGUCUUAUUUUGAUUACUCUUCUCCACAAUGCACAAUGUGGAAAGCAAGCAACGCAUUAGUCGAAAAUGAAUGUUUUGUCUGUGCCUCUCAAAGGCAACUCACUGCAUUGAAUGUAUUCUGCAUUUCUGUUUUGAACUUGUUUUGAGAAUGUUACUGUUUAUUCGUUGCACAAAGAUCAUAUUGCGCAUGCUCUCGGGCGAGAGUGUCGCAGGAAUGAACAGAAAAGAUACUGAGGUGCACAGAAAGCAACUUGUAUGGAAUUAUUUGUGAAUGAGACUUUUUUUUGUUGUAGAAGUAGUGCUUUUAGUAAUGUUUGCUGUUUUCACCAAAUAAUGUAACAUAUAUGACUAUAUAAUAAUAUAACUUGAUGAUCAAAAAAACAGUGUUGAAGUUUAUUCCCACACCACUAAUAUCACCAAACAAAAGUGCAGAAAUAAUGAGGUUUCCCAAAAUUCACAGUGUCUUUCAUUAGUACGCCAAAUAGACAGACCCAGACCCCAAAUUCACAUCAUUGGCUGAUCCAAACACACAUGGUGCAUCUGACAUUGCAUACUGUCUGAGUAAAUGCUACAUUUGAAUGUACUUUGUGACCAUUAAAAAAACAAAUCUAUAUAGUAUGAUUAUAAUAGGUAGUAUGAAUGGAAUCUGGACAUACUGCAUCUACCAUGUUGUUACUGUCACAUGACCUACCAGUGUUCAGUUCAUCGCUUCACUGCCAUUCAUAAAUCCUCUCCUGAGGCAUCAUGGGAUAGUAAAGUGUACGUCGAAUGCACACUUCAGAAGUCAUCCGGGGACUUUUCUCCGACUGUUUUUCGAAUACUAUGUAUUCGGACAUACUACUCUGUUGGCGUACUGUUUUUCACAUACUAAUAGGGUAUCAGGUUGUUUAAUAUAUCAGGUUGGUUAAGAUGCUCCAACAAAACACUAAUGUUUUGAUAGAGCCACAGAGACAAUCUUAUAGUUGUCUCUGGUUAAGGAGGGUAUUAAAAGUGUUUGUUUUCUUUAUACUGGUGUGAUCGCAAGCUAUUUGUACUCAAGCACGAUGCAUUAAAGGUUUUGCUAAAGCUCAA